AUGAAGAUUUCACUAAAAGAUUAUCUUGUAGAAGGCAUCAGAGGCCGAAUUGAUUCUCCACAGGAGACUGACAGUGAAGGUUUUACUCCAUAUUGUAGGGAAAGAGACAAACUUGGAAGGAUUAUAAGUGGUGAUUUUUCUCCACAAAAACAAACUAAUCUCAGAAGGUCGUCUAUAAACUUUUCUAAUGCAUACGAUCUGACUCAUAAUCCACAAUUAUUUGACUCAAACGAGAAGAUUAAGACUACAAAAAUAAAGAAAAAGACUCUUAUAAAAGAUAAAAAGCCUAUCAACAUCGUCACUAAAAGCCAUACUUUGUUAUAGAAAUGGCUGAUGUAAAAGCAAAAUGGAGAGAAAAUAUUAAGAAAGUUGCAAGGAAAGAGUUUGAGAAUAGUGAGAAGGUUAGAAAAAUAAUCUCAAACAAUUGGAAAAUCUUCUCUAAAGAAAAACCAAGAAAGUAUAUCAAGCCUCGUGCAGUGCAAUUUAGAACAAAGCCUUUCCAGGCUCCGAAGAAGCUUCGUAAAACUCAAUCUAUGUUCUCAAUGAGAUUCUCGAAUAGAGAUGGAUUUUAUGGAAAAACUAUUCGUGAUGACUCUCCAAAUAAGAAUUAUGUAUAUCAAAAGCGAUCCAAUUCUCAGAUAGAUUUUGAGAAAAUGGCUUCUUAUACUGUAAAACAGUUCAAAGAUUCUAAUCAGUAUGUUACUAAAAUGGCCAAAAUCAUACACACAACAAAUGACAUGCUUUUCCAGAGCAAAACCACCCAUUUCCCUAGAAAAGAGCAGAAAAAAAUAAUAGAUCCUCUGAAGCAAAAUUUAGCAACUCCGGCUCCUAAAAUUCAACCCGCUUGAAGACCAGAAAGGAGAAACGUAUCGAAGAGUAGGAAUGCUGAAAAAUUGGCAUACAAGGAUAUUCUAAGUUACUUGCCCUAUAAGACACAACCUGAAUCACAUAUUGUCACUUUCUCAAGAAGAAGUGGAGGUAAAGAUACUGGGUGUUAGGCUGAUAGAUGAAAAUUAAGGGAGAGCAUGGAAAAAGAAGGUUAAAUAAGAUAAAAACGGGUAACUAGGGGUAUUAGAAAAGGUUAAAUUUGUUCAGAGAGAUCAUGAUUUAGAUAUAGAUAGAGUAUAAAUAUUAU